AUGCCUCGCAGCCAGGCAAUGAUCCAGCUCCAAGAGAUUGGAUUUGCGGAGAGCAACUUUCAUCAAAUCGCACCUGCACUGCGUCGGACUUACAAAGGCAUCACGACUGUCGCCCUUGCAAAGCACGGCGUUAUUUCAGUCGUCGACCCGCCGCAUCAAGAAGUCUCACUGCUGGGCUUCCCGCUGCUGCAGUUGUUGAAGGAGGACGCAGAAGCCUGCAUUCUCUCGGGCUCUGCGAAGGCAUCCGCUGCUUGGGAAACCAACUCCUCGGCAUUGGUGGUACUUCAUCCGAUUUUUGCUCCACAUGCUGCCCGAAUACUGCCGAACGCUGAGUGGAUUUUCAACGGGCAGAACUACAGCCGAGACUGCACCUCUGCCUUCGCCGCACCGGAGUCAACGGUUAGCGAGGCACAGUCGAGCUCGUUGAAUGACGAGACCCGUUUCUGCUCCUUCCCGGGCGUCUCGCAUCCUUCAGGCGGUUUGGCCUAUUUUUGGGGCUUCGCCCUGCUCUUCGCAGAUUUUGAGGACGCGGUGGACAUGGACCGUUUGCAUGAUCUUUACAGCGGUGGGUGGGCCGCUGCGGGGUUCAGAAACUUCUCUUGGCGAGUGACUGAUAUGGACAAGCCAUCUCGGACCAUCGAAAGUGAGCAGAUGCCUCACCUCACGCACGAAAGUGUUGACAUCGUGGGCGUUAACGCAGAAGUGCCAGAAAUUGGGCUCAGAUGGCGUUUCGAGCUUUCUCCCAUCGCGGGCUGGCAGGACCGCAAUGGCUGGUGGGUUUACACCCUCGUGGCCUUCCCAGUGACGCUGGUUCUCAGCGUCGGCAUGGGCAUUUUCGUCAUCGCCAGCUUGCGGCGGCGUACCCUGGACAAGUUGAAGCUCCAGCGAUACCGGAGCGACGUUCUUUCCAAGGCGGUGUCUGCUUCAAUCGAAGUCCUUGAGAAGUUCCAGUUCCCCUUGUGUCUGGUGUCUGUCGAUGACUUCCUGGAGUGUGGGGAGUACCCUUCGUAUGAACAGCUGCGCGAUUUGGGCAAGCACAUUUGGCUGGAUUGCUGUUGGGACGCGGAGGGGACCUACGAAGACGCAGGCAUCUUACUCGUAAGCUAUGAUGGCACAGACCGACAUGAUGAUGGCUUUCAUGAGGACGCUGACGUCUACAAG